AUGAAGAAUAAAUGUCCAUUUAUUUUAUUUACACUACUGUUAUUAUUAUUUCGUAUUUCAAAAGCAAAAAGAGUUGAAUAUGAGUGGAAUUUAGUAUAUAAGAAUAUUAAUCCAGAUGGACUUAAUGAGAGAAGAAUUAUUUCUAUUAAUGAUCAAUGGCCACCUGAACCUAUUUUACUUAAUGUCAAUGAUACACUUGUACUCUCUGUUUAUAAUAAAUUAAAUGAACCAACUUCUAUUCAUGCUCAUGGUUUAUUUCAAAAUAAUGGAACUAAUAUCUAUGAUGGAGCUGGCAUGGUAACUCAAUGUCCUAUUCCUCCUAAUCAUAAUUUUACUUAUGAGUUUCCUGUAACACAAGCUGGUACUUUCUGGAUCCAUAGUCAUUUUAAAGUACAAUAUUUGGAUGGUCUUCGAUUACCAUUAAUUGUUUAUGAUCCAAAUGAGCCCUUUGAAUAUGAUGAAGAUAAAAUUAUUACAGUAUCAGACUGGUAUCAUGAAAACUCGUAUACAAAUCUUGAAAAAUAUUUGAACCGAGAAAAUAUUAAGGGCAGUGCACCUGUUCCUCAAUCAGGUUUAAUUAACGAUCAUGUCAAUUCAACUAUAACAUUUAAGCCUGGAAGAACUUAUCGACUUCGUUUAAUAAAUAUGUCGGGUAUUGCUUCAUUUGGCAUUAGUAUUGAUGAUCAUGACAUGACAGUUAUUGAAGUAGAUGGUGUUCUAACAAAACCUACACUCACUAAAACUGUUUAUAUGGCAGCAGGUCAACGUAUUUCUAUUCUUGUUCAUACAAAAGAUACAACCGAUUUUAAUUACCGUUUUCAUGCUAGAAUAGCACCUGCCAUGUUUGUUGAAUAUCCUAAAGGUCUUCAGCUGAAUAUUGAAGCACCCAUCUAUUAUAAUCAUCAGUCUCCAUUUGCUCCACGCGAUGGGCCUAAAAAAGGAAAUUAUGAUGAUGCCUAUAUAUUCCCAUUAAACGAAGAACCCCCUCUAACACCUGUUGACCGACAAGUCAAGUACACUGUAGAUUUUGUUACAGAUGAUAGAGAUGGAAUCAAAUAUGGUGUCAUGAAUGGUAUAUCUUAUUCUCCUCCUUUAGUGCCUACUUUAAAUACACUUUUGACAAUGGAAAAUGAUGACUUGGCCAAUAACCCUUUGGUCUAUGGUGGACCAGAAACACAAGUGACGAUAUUUGAACUGAAUCAAGUCAUUGAACUUGUUAUCGAAAACCUUGAUAUUGUACCUCAUCCAUUUCAUUUACAUGGUCAUGUAUUUCAGGUGAUCGCUAGAAAUAAAGGUAGAUACAAUAAUCAAACCACAGUCAAGAUCCCCGAUAACCCUACCUAUCGUGAUACCAUUGGCGUCCCCUCUCAAGGUUAUGUAGUACUUCGAUUUAGAACGAAUAAUCCUGGUGUCUGGUUCUUUCAUUGCCAUGUAGAUUGGCAUGUCCCUGCAGGUUUGGCUUUGACCUUCAUCACUGCUCCCUCUGAGGCAAGAAAGAGGAUGAUGCCAUUACCACAGCCCUUGAUUGAUAUCUGUCAUGCCUCCGGUUUACCUGCUGAAGGAAAUGCAGAAGGUAAACAGGGCUUAGUACUCAAGGAAUCAAGACAUUACUCUGGAUUCAUUAUGGCUGCUCUUAUUGCUACCUUGGUAGGCUUCAGUACGAUUAUUUGGCAUGUUUGGGUUGAUCCCAGUCAUGCAGAAGAAGAAGAAGAAGAAGAAGAAAGAGAAGCUAGAAAACCUUUGCUAUCAGUAACAAAUUAA